AUGGCGGACCCCUCCCUUUCCAAUGAGGAAGUUCAGGCAGCGCGUGUUAUCUCUAACCACCUGCCGUCAGGAUAUACGGCCGAGUUCGAUCCUGUUAGCGACCACAAUCAUGGAGAGGCCGCCGGGAGAUCUCGCGAGGAAGCGGAGUCGUCGCUCAAGCUACAAGGUGGCGACAUGACGCGAGACUUGUACAAAAUCCAUCAGCGAGGCAAACCCCUUCAACGGGCUGCUACAAUUUCCCAUCCAACAACCGAGGCACCACCUCCGCUUGCAGAUACCUCUGUGUCCGAGCAUCUUGCCCCCGGAGGCUUUCGUCGAGCUUUCAUCAAGCAAAAGUACGGGAGGUUUAAUCCCGCUGUUCUACCAGUGACGCGAAACUUUGUCGAGUUUCUUUCACUCUACGGAAGUUUUGCGGGCGAGGAUCUUGAGGACUCGGAGGAAGAUGAAUCAGCCAUCGAGGACUAUGAGGAGGAAGAGGGUCGAACGCCCGGCGAACGUCGACCUCUUCUUGGCCGGCGACGGACCACGAGAAGGGAACAGAAAGGAGAUGCCGGCAUGACCAAGACUUUUUUCACCCUGCUAAAGGCCUUUAUCGGUACCGGAAUCAUGUUCUUGCCAAAAGCAUUCAACAACGGCGGGAUCUUGUUCUCUUCCUUGACACUCCUGGCCGUGUCCGUCAUUACCACGUUGGCAUUCCAUCUACUACUGCAGUGCCGGCAGGUGCACUCCAAAAACGGAUACGGUGAACUCGGCGAAGCAAUCGGCGGACGGAGAAUGAGAGAUAUCAUUCUGGGCUCGGUCACAAUCUCUCAGUUGGGAUUUGUCUGCGCAGGUACCGUGUUUGUUGCCCAGAAUUUACACUCUUUUCUGGUGGCCGUCACCAAAGGCCGAAACCCAUUAUCCACCAAUGUCCUCAUCGCGCUCCAACUGCUAGGCCUGAUCCCCCUCGCCUUUAUACGCAACAUCUCCAAACUCGGUCCUGCGGCGUUGCUGGCAGACGUCUUCAUCCUGCUGGGUCUUGCCUAUAUUUAUUACUACGACAUUGCCACCCUCGCAGAUCACGGACUUCACAAAACCGUGCAACUGUUCAACCCGGAUCAUUUCACAUUGACAAUCGGGUCUGCCAUCUUCACUUUUGAGGGCAUCGGCCUCAUCCUUCCCAUCCAGUCAUCGAUGAAACACCCGGAGAAAUUCGAGCCGCUCUUGUGGACAAUCAUGCUGAUAAUCACGGUCAUUUUCACCUCUGUGGGAGCACUUUGUUACGCCACCUUCGGAGCCGGAACCAAGAUCGAGGUCAUUUCCAAUUUUCCGCAAGACAACAAACUUGUCAACGCUGUGCAAUUCCUUUACGCUAUUGCGGUACUAGCGGGCACCCCUGUCCAGCUCUUCCCCGCCCUGCGCAUCAUUGAGGGCAUGAUAUUCGGUCGGCGUUCGGGCAAGAGAGACACAUUGACCAAAUGGAAGAAGAACGGUUUCAGGACGGUCCUGGUUGUCUUUUGUGCCUCGAUCUCUAUCUUGGGCGCCAGCAAUCUAGACAGAUUUGUGGCCCUCAUUGGUUCGGUCUGCUGCGUGCCACUGGUAUACAUUUACCCUCCACUAUUGCAUUAUCUGGGUGUUGCCCGGUCGAGUUGGGCCAAAGCUGGAGAUAUCGCGUUUGUGGUGUUAGGACUGGGCUGCAUGGUGUACACCAGCGUCAUCACCCUCAAGAAUAGUUUCUGA